CGCCGGGAGCCGCAGUCCGGGCGCCGCCAUUUCGCCGGCAGCGCGGGCACUGAGGGCAUGGAGAGCGGCUUCGGCUCCGACUUCGGCUCCGGGGGCGGCGGCGGGGGGAAGCUGGACCCGGGGCUCAUCAUGGAGCAGGUGAAGGUGCAGAUCGCCGUGGCCAACGCGCAGGAGCUCUUGCAGCGCAUGACGGACAAGUGCUUUCGGAAGUGCAUCGGGAAGCCCGGCGGCUCCCUGGACAACUCGGAGCAGAAGUGCAUCGCCAUGUGCAUGGACCGGUACAUGGACUCCUGGAACACGGUUUCCCGAGCCUACAAUUCCCGGCUGCAGCGGGAGAGAGCCAACAUGUGAUGAUGCGUUCCGGGCCAGGAGGGACCAUGUGGGGAAGGGACGAGCGGCCAGUCCAGGUGGUUGGGGGUGAAUCCUGCUGCCUUCCCAGCCCCUGCCGUGGCAGAGCAAUAAACCCUCGCUAAACCCUUUGCAUCCAUUGGCCUUUAUUAGCACCAGCCCCAGGAGCGAGUGAUUUUUUUUUUCCAGCCUUGAGAGCCACCAUGAGCUGCUUGAUUUACUUCUUGCCCUUCCCAACCGUCCAGACUGGCCAAGGCAUUAUAGCACUUGAUAAAUCCCUGCUGAAAGGGCUGCGAGAGGCAAGGAGCCUUCUGUGGAAAAGAGGGGCCAAGCCAAGCCAGCAACACAGUCCCUUUGCCCGGGAUUCCAGCAUGGACCCAGCCAUCAGGUAGUUACCCAGUCCUUUUUCAUCAGUAGAAAAGCUGCCAUAAUAUUCUCCACAUGCCACCUGGACUCUUUCUUCCCUUGUGUCUGUGUAUCUCUGUGUGGGGCUCACUUUGGGCUCAUAGGCUUUGACUCAGCACAGGCACAGUGUUGGGGACCGAGUUGCAGCACAGCUGGGGGGAUGGACAGGGUUGGGAAGUGGAUGGAUUAAUUUCUUUACAGAAUAAAGUACUUGGGUUCAUUUCUUUAUAGAAUAAAGUGUGUUGUGUUGCUGUGAUACUCUCUGACUUCUGGUUUGGCUCUGGCACAGACGUUCCAUCUUGGAGCCUACCUUCUAGGCAUCAUUUUUUUGAGGGAGGAGCAUGUCUGCAACAGAGAACGUGGGUCUGCUUUGGUGCUCAACUCUGUGUUACACACCUCUCCUGAAAAGCUGGGUUAAUGCUGUACAGUCAGCAGUGGGUACAGCAGCUGCAAGAGGAGAGUGUUGGAGAUUAAUGGUGCCUGUGUCUCUACAGAGAGGUUUUUUGAAAUCCCUCCUUUUGGAGGUCUGCAUUUUAUAAAAGAUUUCACUGUUUGCUGGGACAUGGAGGCAGAUGAAGGAUGUUGUCUCCAUACCUGCUGAGACAUUCAAAGGGAUAUGGCAGAACCUGAUUUCAUUUAAUCUCCCAAUGUGGUGGCUUCUAUAAAGGGACUAAAGUGUUCUUACACAAGGUGAAGUGAGGAGAUAAUUGGGUAUUUGAACUUACUGAAACUGGAGUUUCCCUUCCAGAUUGUCAGAAUGACUACUUGAAAAUAAAGUGCUUUCAGCCGUG